AUGCAGUCGCUGUUAUCUUUGCAAGACGUGUACGGAGUGGACAGCCUGCAGCUUGCUAACGCUAGUACUGCACUGGCAGGUUACAUGAAGAGUCAAGGGAGGUAUGAUGAAGCGGAAAUAAUUUGUAGCAAGGCGGUUACUAUGCUGCAAAGCCAUCUUGAACCUACCGAUCGUUUUGUUUUACAUGCCACACAAGCUCUGGCCGAUAUUUUCUUAGGGAAGGGAAAAUAUGAUGAAGCAGAGCAACUUCUUAGGAAUAUCGUAGCAUGUGCUGAGGAGCUUGGGCCAGAGCACCCAUUGAUACCAGGAUCAGAAAGCAUAUUAGCGAGAGUCUAUCUCUCACAGGGGCAGUAUACUAAAGCAGAGAAAUUCUUUGCAAAGCUACUGGCCAUUAAUCGGGAGAAAUUUGGGGAAGAUCAUCCUCAAACGUUACGAAAAAUGCACAACCUGGCAACAGUCUUUCAGUACCAGGGGAAAUUCAUUGAAGCAGAGGCAAUGUAUGAAAAAGUACUGAUUGGAAGGGCAAAGCUAGGAGAGGAUGAAGACUUGAGCAGACUAACAACUAUGCAAAAUUUGGCAAUGAUGCUAAAAUCUCAAGGACAGUUGGGAAAGGCAGAGAGAUGGCUGAAAGAAUCUUUGGAAGGAACUGAAAAUAUAAUAGGAGCAGAACAUCCAGACACACUGAUAAUAGUGCAUAACCUGGCAGGUGUAUACAAGUCUCAGGGGAAGUAUGAUGAAGCAGGGGAACUAUAUCAGAAAGUCAAGGUUGGCCAAGAGAAGCAACUUGGUUCUGAACACCCACUUACACUGAAAACAAUGUACAAUAUAGCAACAGUGCAUGAAUUCCAAGGACAGUAUAGUGAGGCAGAGGAACUCUAUAGAGAGGCAUUGGCAGCCCAAGAGAAGCAUCUUGGUCCUGAUCAUCACCAUAUCCUGGCAACAGUUCAUAGUCUGGCAUAUGUGUGUAGAAAGAAAGGCCAGUUCAAUGAGUCAGAAGCAUUGUACAAAAGAGCAUUGAAAGGCUUGGAGGAACAGCUUGGAAGGGAGCAUUCAGAGACAUUAGCAACUGUCCAUGACUUGGCAUUACUGUAUAGCUCACAAGAACAAUACAGUGAAGCAAAAACACUGUUGACUAGAGCACUAGAGGGCCAUGAAAAGAAAUUUGGGACUGAGCAUCCAGGCACACUUGCAAUAAUGUGCAGUAUAGCAUCACUAUAUCAAUCACAAAAUCAACAUACAGAGGCAGAAUUAUUAUACAGCAAGAUUUUAGAAAAGGAAGAAAGAUAUCUUGGCACUGAUCAUCCAAGCACAUUGGCAACAAUGCACAACCUUGCAAUGCUGUAUGAUAAACAAGAGCAAUAUAGUAAGGCUGAGAAUUUAUACAGCAAAUUACUACCAGGGAUGAAGAAGCGCUUUGGCCCUGAACACCCAAACACAUUGGAAACAGUCAGUAACCUUGCCAUGGCAUAUGAGUUGCAGGGAGAAUACAACAAAGCAAAAGAAAUGUAUACUCAGGCACUCAUAGCCUCUCAGAAAAUUUAUGGGGGUGAUCAUUCUCGAACCUUGUCAAUACAGUCACAGCUUACAAAAUAUGGCAUGGAAAAUACUUGUACUUAG